AUGUCUAGAACUUGUGGAAAAAGGUUGGACACAGAAGUGGAGUUGAAACCAUAUGUAGGGCAAGUGUUUCCUUCAUAUAAUGAAGCACUGGCAUUUUACAGAGAAUAUGCACGCAAUAGUGGGUUUGAAAUACGAAAGGCAACUACAGAGCAGUCAAAAAAGGGAGAUGGUUAUUCCCAUAGGUACAUAGUUAAUGAUGAAAAUCUUUGGGUAGUCAAAUAUUUUGAGGAGAAACACACACAUGAACUAGUUAAUCCAGAAGAUUUUGUUUUUUUGAAAAGUAACAAGAGGCUUACAUAUCAUCAGAAACAACUUGUAAAUGAUGUUUCAGAUAUAAAUAUUGGUCCGGUUAGAGCAUUCAAGAUAUUGAAGCAAACACAAGGUGGAUUUGUCAAUGUAGGGGCAACGGAAAUUGAAUGUAAGAAUUUGAAAAGGGAUAUGAUAACAUAUAUUGGUGAGAGUGAUGCGGACAUGGUAAUUGAGAAGCUUACUAAAAAAAGGAGUAUUUACACGACUUUACUUUUGAAUAUUGUGUGGAUAGUGAGGGGAAGCUAUGUGGGUUAUUUUGGGCAGAUGAAGAAGCAAAACGUAAUUAUUCUGUAUUUGGAGAUGUUGUUGGAUUCAAUGUACUUCAUGAUUUUCGUGCCAUUUUCCGGUAUCGACAAUCACAAAAAAUGUGUCACUUUUGCUGUUGGCUUACUUGCUAGUGAGUCAAUAGAAUCAUAUAAAUGGUUGUUAAUGGCUUUUAAAAGUACUUUUGGACAGGAACCAACAGUGUUGAUGACCGAUCAAUACCCGACUAUCAAGCAAGCGGUUCCAACUGUUUUCUUACCAUCAUGUAGGCAUCGAUUGUGUAUGUGGCACAUAUCACAGAAGUUCACCGAUAAGUUGGGUUCACAUAUGUCGAAGACGGGGUUGUUGAAACGUUUAAACAAUCUGAUAUGGAAUGAACGAAUCAGUGCAAGCGAGUUUGAUAUAGAAUGGCAAUCAAUAAUGGAUGAAUACGAUUUAAAUAAUAACAAUUGGUUUAACAAAAUGUUUGCAAUACGAGAUAAAUGGAUUCCUGCUUAUUUUCAGGAUUGCCACUUAUCAGGGUUAAUGCAAACAACAUCAAGACCGGAAGGUGAGAAUUACUUCUACGAGUUGAUGACAAAUGCAGAUUUGCACUUAAUUGAGUUUGUCAGUCAUUUUGAAACGGCAAUGGAAGCACAACGUUUUGUUCAACGUAAAAACAAUCAUGAAUCGCGUUACACGAAUCCUGAAAUUAUAACUAAAUUGCUGAUUGAAGAGGAGGCAGCUCAAACAUUCACACAAACUGUGUUCUUUGAAGUUCAAACAGAGAUAAUGGCAUCGAUGCUUACAUGGUACUCAAUUAAAGUAGUAGAAUAUGAUGGAAUAACUAAAUUCAGUAUCAAGGAUACCGACAAAGAUGUAAAACAUUUUGGUGAUUUUGAGGUUUCAUUCAUGAAAUCCGAUUGCACUGUUAGUUUCUCGUGUUUAUGA